UGUUAGUUAUUACUUAUAAAUCAACAAGAAAUAUAUCCAAAGCAAAUUAUAAUUAUAAUAUAUGAUGUGUCAAAAUAAUAUGACGUGCCACUAAUGUCAGAGAAAGCUCACAGACCACAGAUUAUACAAAAUAAUCUAAACGUAUUUAAACAAAAGUAGAAGAAUUUUCCCCCUCUUUUCAUGCUUACAUCUUUUGGCAAAAAGAGGUGUCCGAUUUUACAUCAAAUUACUUUCUAUAAUUAAUUACUCCUGUUAUUAAUAUACCACCAGAAAACAUAUAGAGGCAAGUGAUCCCUUUUUCCAGAAAAUGCAUCCAGAAGAAGUAAGCAGCGUUUGGUUAAACAGGAGAUACUAUGAGGAUGCCGAAAUCGCUCAUUAUGAAAACUUAACAAAAGCAGCUUUAACCCCAUUGGCUGGUGAAGUAGCAAAAGCUCGUCAGAGGUUAAUCGAAAGUAGGGACACUUUUACAUCAAACGUUGAUUCCAUAGACACUGGAGCCAUAAAAUUUAUGGAGAAGAAAAUAGUUGAAUAUGAAAAAACCAUUACAUCUCUUGUUACACAAUUGAAAGCCUUGGAACUAAGAGUAGCUGCUUUGGAAAAAACAGACAGUCAGACCAAACCUGUACACCAAAUCAACAUACAGUCAGUACCUUCAGCGAAACCUGCCGUUAAUGAUGAUGACGACGACGACGUCGAUCUUUUUGGUUCAGAUUCUGAUGAAGAUGAUGAAGCAGCAGCCAAAGUUAGAGAAGAUAGACUCAAAGCAUAUGAAGCAAAAAAAUCAAAAAAACCUGUAUUGAUUGCCAAAUCCAAUGUCAUCUUGGACGUGAAGCCUUGGGAUGAUGAGACCGACAUGAAAUUAAUGGAACAACAUGUUAGAAAGGUUGAAGCUGAUGGACUUUUAUGGGGUGCUGCUAAACUAGUCCCUCUAGCUUAUGGAAUUCACAAAUUACAAAUCUCAUGCGUUGUAGAAGAUGAUAAAGUUUCUAUUGAUUGGUUAACAGAGCAGCUGCUAGAAAUAGAAGAUUUUAUCCAAAGUGUCGACAUUGCAGCAUUCAACAAGAUCUAAAAUGUGAAGUUCUCUAUUAUGAAAUUUAUAUCGAUUAUGUUUAAUUGAUUUAAUAAAUUAAUUAAUUACACUCAUA